AAACACUCAAACAACCACAACAAAUGCAGGCUUCUGUUGGUGGCACUGUGACUGUAGAAUUUGACUCGAUCUAGAUCUAUUUGACUAAUUGAUUUCUAGAUCUAAUAGUCUAAUACUAGAAUAUUUUAUGUCUACAGAUUGUUUACUGGUCAGAGUUCAAAUCAUAGGCCAAAGCUCAGGUCGAAGUACAACAUUUUGAAAAUGGCAGCCCUAGUGCAGAGAAAAGUUUUGUCAUCAUACACAUCUGGACUUCGCUAUAUCACCACAACAUCUGCAUACAAUGCCUCCGUUCAAACAAAGAGUAAAAAAACUCUUAGCAGGCCAAAUGUCAAGAACAUCGUCCUUGUUGAAGGUGUUAGGACUCCCUUUUUAAUGUCUGGUACAACCUAUAAAAAUUUGAUGCCUCAUGAUCUGGCCACCCAUGCUAUGAGAGGAUUAAUUAAAAGAACCAAUAUACCAUUAGAUGCUGUAGACUACAUUGUGGUUGGCACAGUGAUCCAGGAAGUGAAAACAAGUAAUAUAGCAAGAGAAGCAGCAUUACAGGCUGGGUUUUCUGACAGGAUUCCUGCCCACACUGUGACCCAAGCGUGCAUCUCAUCCAACCAGGCUAUCACCACUGGAAUGGGUUUAAUAGCUGCUGGACAGUGUGAUACAGUCUUAGCUGGUGGUGUCGAGUUCAUGUCUGACGUCCCAAUCAGACAUAGCCGCCAGAUGAGAAAAAUUCUGUUGGCGUCACAGAAAGCCAAAAGCUUGCCAGCAAAGCUCCAACUUCUGAGACAAGCCCUCCGGCCAGCUGUCUGGAUUCCUGAACUUCCAGCAGUGGCAGAGUUCUCAACGAAUGAAACUAUGGGACAUUCGGGUGAUAGGUUAGCAGCAGCUUUCAAUGUAUCAAGGCAAGAACAGGAUGCCUUUGCUAUUCGAUCACAUGCUCUUGCACAAGAAGCCACAGACAAAAAUCUUUUGAUUGACAGAUUAGAUUAUAAAGUACCAGGUGUUGCAGAGACUGUAACUAAAGAUAACGGCAUCAGAGUGUCUACCAUGGAGCAGCUGGGAAAACUAAAACCUGCAUUUAUCAAACCACACGGAACAGUUACAGCUGCCAAUGCAUCUUUCUUGACUGAUGGUGGAUCAGCUUGUCUUAUCAUGUCAGAGGAAAAAGCUCUUCAAAUGGGCUACAAGCCCAAGGCAUACCUCAGAGACUUUCUCUAUGUAGCUCAAGAUCCUAAAGACCAGUUACUUCUUGGCCCAGCCUAUGGCACACCAAGGGUAUUGAAAAACGCUGGCCUAACUCUUCAGGACAUUGAUGUCUUUGAGUACCAUGAAGCUUUUGCUGGACAACUGUUAUCAAAUUUUAAAGCAAUGGACUCUGAUAGCUUUGCAACCAAAUAUAUGGGACUGCCAUCCAAGCCUGGAGCACCACCCAUGGAGAAGGUGAACCUGUGGGGAGGCUCCCUAUCUCUUGGCCAUCCUUUUGGGGCCACUGGAGUCCGCCUUGCUACCACAGCAGCAAAUAGGUUGAUUCACGAAGGCGGUCAGUAUGCCUUGAUAGCUGCCUGUGCAGCAGGAGGCCACGGCCAUGCUAUGAUUAUUGAACGCUAUCCAUCUUGAGAAUUAUGGAAGUAGUAAUACUUUUACACAAAUUUAUUUAUGACACAAAGUUCGGUACACUCUGAGAGUUGUAUUCAAAUAAACAAUUUUUUGAUUUCAUUUUUUUUU